AUGCUCGAAAGAUUUUGGCCUCGCUCCGGAAACGAUCAGCGCUUGCCAACUCAGCGUAGCAAGAAAUUCCCAGCAGCAAUGGGGGUCAGCAAAGAAAUCGAUGGCAGAACUCGAAAGCUAAAUACGGACAGAACGGGCAAAAUGAGACUUGAGAAGACCAAUCUACUGGAUGUUGGCAAAGUUCUCGGCGAACCAUCCGAAAACCUUAUCCUCCAGAAAGGUAGCCAGAGCGAUCAACAGAGUCUUGGCCUCUUCAUACCUUUGCAGUUGGAUGGGACUAGGGCUGGGACGAGGGCCAGGGCCAGGACAAAGAUGAUGACGAGCCCUUGGUCCAAGUGCAGAUUUAACUCCAAUGUUGUUCGGGAAAUCCCCAGAUGUCAGGUGGCGACAAUCAUGGAUUGGGUGAGGGGCAUAGACAAGAAGACAGAUGCCUUCCUUGCUGGGCUGCUGGGCGGGUGGGAGCCGUCAUCGUCAGCCAGCCGGGUUCCUCGGAUUAUUGGGCGAACCACCCAUCUAUUUCUCUUGUUGUACAGCAUGCCCGGCGCUCUCUGCUCAUUGUUUGCUUUUCCAACAUCACCAGUUUUGCCGUCGUCCCAAUUGCUUGAUCUCAUCUCAAGUCAGACCUUAUCGCAACCACUACAGAUCUGGGCCUGGCGCUUCGAUAAAUCUUUCGCCGACCUCGCGUCUUUCUGUUGUCAACAGCCCCUUCCUCUCGCUGCCGAAGCUUUGAGGAUAUAUCCGCAACGAAGCUCUCCCGUCACCCUUCAGGGUCAUCUCCCAGUGGUUUUGGUAGGGUGGGCGGCCCAAGCUCUAGCUCUCGAGCCAGCCGGUGCCAUCACAAGCCCCCAGCUUUUUGAGGUCAUAGGAAAACAGUGUCUCGUCAGUGCUCACUCUAUUGGCCCAUAUCGAUAA